AUGAAGUGCCAGGGGCGAGGACAUGGGGAGGUCAAGACGAAGCUGAAUCCCGCUUUGAGAUUUGAGAAGAACGGGAGACGGUCCUCCAAGGGGUCUGGGGUGCGGCCGCUUAGGGGUCGGGAACUGCUCCUGGCACUGGACCCCGCCUGGGACAGUCCUCGGGUCGGUCCGGACCUGGGACACCGGGAAGGUUCGAUCACGAAAUUCGCGAGCCCAGAACGGGCACCUGUGGCUGCGUCCUGUGAGCCCUCCCGGUAUGGCGCGCGAGGAGGUGAAGGCUCCAAGGGGCCUCCCGGGCCUCCUGUGAGCCGGGGGCCGGAGCAGGGACCCUGCGCGAAGCCGGCGCCCGUGAUGCCUGUCCCAGCGGAGACGAGGGCGGUGGGGCGCGGGGUGGCCCUGGCGCUUCUGCUGCUGCUCCCCGCCGUGCCUGCCCGCGCGCCGCUGCGGCCCCUGCCCCAGCUGCAGCCCAGCAUGCCCCAUGUUUGUGUGGAGCAGGAGCUGACCCUGGUGGGCCGCCGCCAGCCCUGUGUGCAGGCCUUCAGCCACGUGGUGCCCAUAUGGAAGCCUAGCUGUGGGCCACAGGCGUGGUGCAUCGGGCAUGAGCGGAGGACCAUCUACUACAUGGGCUAUAGGCAGGUCUACACCUCCGAGGCCCGGACCGUGCUCAGGUGUUGCCGAGGGUGGACCCAGCAGCCAGGCGAGGAGGGCUGCCUCUCUGCCCAGUGUCAUACUGGCCUCUGUUUCAAUGGUGGCCACUGCAUGCCAGGCUCAGCCCAGCCGUGUCGUUGUCCACCAGGCUUCCGAGGUCCCCGCUGUCAGCACGAUGUGGACGAGUGCCAAGCACACAACGGUGGCUGCCAGCACCGCUGCGUGAAUACCCCUGGCUCCUACCUCUGUGAGUGCAAGCCUGGCUUCCGGCUCCACACGGACGGCAGGACCUGCCUGGCCAUCAACUCCUGCUCCCUGGCCAAUGGCGGCUGCCAGCACCACUGUAUCCAGCUCACAGCAACCCGGCACCGCUGCCAAUGCCAGCCCGAGUUCCAGCUCCAGGAGGAUGGCAGGCGCUGCAUCCGGAGAAGCCCAUGUGCAGAGAGGAAUGGUGGCUGCAUGCACACGUGCCGGCCGCUCCAAGGUCUUGCCCGCUGUGAGUGCCAUGCGGGCUAUCAGCUGGCGGCCGACCACAAGGCCUGUGAAGAUGUGGAUGAAUGUGCCACCGGGCUUGCUCAGUGUGCCCACGGCUGCCUCAACACUCCCGGAUCCUUUAAGUGUGUGUGCCAUGCAGGCUAUGAGCUGGGUGCUGAUGGCCGCCAGUGCUACCGGAUCGAGAUGGAGAUUGUGAACAGCUGUGAGGCUGACAAUGGCGGCUGUUCCCACGGUUGCAGCCACACCAGCUCGGGGCCACUCUGCACCUGCCCCCGUGGCUACGAGCUGGACAGGGACCAGAAGACUUGCAUCGAUGUGGACGACUGUGUGGAUAGCCCGUGCUGCCAGCAGGUGUGUGCCAACAGCCCCGGCGGGUACGAGUGUGGCUGCUACGCUGGCUACAGGCUCAGCACCGAUGGCUGUGGCUGUGAAGAUGUGGACGAGUGCGCCUCCAGCCGUGGAGGCUGUGAGCACCACUGUACCAACCUGGCCGGCUCCUUCCGCUGUUCCUGCGAGGCUGGCUUCCGGUUGGACGAGGACCGCAGAGGCUGCUCCCCCCUGCAGGAGCCCACGGUGGAGCUGGACAGCCGGCUGCCCUUCGUGCGGCCCCUGCCCCAUGUUGCGGUGCUCCGGGAUGAGCUGCCGCUGCUCUUCCAAGACCACUACGCAGGGGCUGAGGAGGAAGAGGAGGAGGAGGAUGAAGAGGAGGUGGAACUGCGGGCCGAGCACACGCUUGUGGAGAAGUUUGUCUGCCUGGACGACUCCUUUGGCCACGAUUGCAGCUUGACCUGUGAUGACUGCAGGAAUGGAGGGACCUGCCUCCCUGGCCUGGAUGGCUGUGACUGCCCUGCGGGCUGGACUGGGCUCAUCUGCAAUGAGACUUGUCCCCCAGAUACCUUCGGGAAGAACUGCAGCUCCUCCUGCAGCUGUCAGAAUGGAGGAACCUGUGACCCCACGACGGGGGCCUGCCGCUGCCCUCCAGGUGUCAGCGGAGCCCAAUGUGAGGAUGGCUGUCCCAAGGGCUUCUAUGGCAAACACUGUCACAAGAAAUGCCACUGUGCCAAUCGGGGCCGAUGCCACCGCCUCUAUGGGGCCUGUCUCUGCGACCCGGGGCUCUACGGCCGCUUCUGCCACCUUGCCUGCCCGCCCUGGGCCUUCGGACCAGGCUGCUCAGAGGAGUGUCAGUGCGUGCAGCCCCACACCAGGUCCUGUGACAGGAGGGACGGCAGCUGCUCCUGCAAGGCUGGCUUCCGGGGAGAGCGGUGUCAGGCGGUGUGUGAGCCAGGUUCUUUUGGGCUGGAGUGCCGGCAGGCAUGCACUUGCCCACCCGGUGUGGCCUGUGACCCUGUGAGCGGCGAGUGUGGGAAGCAGUGUCCUGCUGGCUUCCAGGGGGAGGACUGUGGCCAAGAGUGCCCGGUGGGGACAUUUGGAGUGAACUGCUCAGGCUCCUGUUCCUGUGAGGGUGCCCCCUGCCACCCAGUCACGGGGCAGUGUCUGUGCCCACCAGGGAAGACAGGGGAGGACUGUGGGGCAGAUUGUCCCGAGGGCCGCUGGGGGCUCGGUUGCCAAGAGAUCUGCCCGGCCUGUGAGCAUGGUGCCCGCUGUGACCCUGAGACCGGAGCCUGCCUGUGCCAACCUGGCUUUGUCGGCAGCCGCUGCCAGGACGCAUGCCCAGGGGGCUGGUUUGGUCCAGGCUGCCAGAUGCGGUGCUCCUGUGCCAAUGAUGGGUACUGCCACCCGGCCACUGGACUCUGUAGCUGUGCCUCUGGGUGGACCGGCCUCAGCUGCCAGCGAGCUUGUGACAGCAGGCACUGGGGCCCCGACUGCAGAUACCCCUGCAACUGCAGUGCCAGCCACGGGAGCUGCGACCCCGUCAGUGGCCUGUGCCUGUGUGAGGCCGGAUAUACGGGCCCGCGGUGUGAGCAGUGGUGUCCCCAGGGCCACUUCGGGCCUGGCUGUAAGCGACGGUGCCAGUGUCAGCACGGAGCAGCCUGUGACCAUGUCAGCGGGGCCUGCACCUGCCCGGCCGGCUGGAGGGGAACCUUCUGCGAGCGCCGCUGCCCAGCUGGCUUCUUUGGCCUGGACUGCCAGAGCACCUGCAACUGCUCUGCCGGGGCUACCUGCGAUGCCACAAACGGCUCCUGCCUCUGUCCCACUGGGCGCUGGGGCCCCCACUGCAGCCAGACCUGCCCGGCCCUCACCUACGGGCACAAUUGCAGCCAGGUCUGCACCUGCUUCAAUGGGGCCUCCUGUGACCCUGUCCACGGGUACUGCCACUGUGCCCCUGGCUGGAUGGGGCCCACCUGCCUGCAGGCCUGCCCCUCUGGCCUGUAUGGCGAGAACUGUCAACAUUCCUGCCUGUGCCAAAACGGAGGGACCUGUGACCCCAUCUCAGGACACUGCUCAUGCCCAGAGGGCUGGGCUGGCCUGGCCUGUGAGAAGGAGUGCCUUCCUGGGAACUUUGAGGCCAGCUGCCAGCACGGCUGCAGCUGCUUCAACGGGAGCCUGUGUGACCAGCACACAGGCCGCUGCCUCUGCCCGGCUGGCUGGACUGGGGACAAGUGUCAGAACCCCUGCCCAUCGGGCUGGUUCGGAGAGGCCUGUGCCCAGCGCUGCCGCUGCCCCCCUGGUGCUGCCUGCCACCACGUCACUGGGGAGUGUCGCUGUCCACCUGGCUUCACUGGUUCUGGCUGCGAGCAGGCCUGUCCGCCUGGCACCUUUGGGGAGGACUGUGGGCAGCUGUGCUAUUGUCCUGGGAAGAACCAGGCCUGCCACCCUGCCACAGGGGCCUGUGUGUGCACUGCUGGUUACCACGGCCCUGGCUGCCAGCACCGUUGCCCGCCUGGGCACUAUGGGCCGGGCUGUAAGCAGAGGUGUGGGUGUCUCAACGGAGGUUCCUGCCACGGGGCUACGGGUGCCUGCCACUGCCCCCCUGGGUUCCUUGGGGCCAACUGCAGCCUCACCUGUCCACAGGGCCGCUCUGGUCCAAACUGUGCCCACGUGUGCAGGUGUGGGCAGAGGGCAGCCUGUGACCCUGUGACCGGCACCUGCAUCUGCCCCCCGGGGAGGGCAGGCAUCCACUGUGAGCAAGACUGCCCCCCAAACCGGUUUGGUGUGGGCUGUGAGCAAGUGUGCUCCUGCAGAAACGGGGGCCUGUGCCACACCACCAAUGGCAGCUGUUCCUGUGGCCUGGGCUGGACAGGGCCCCACUGUGAGCUAGCUUGCCCCUCUGGACACUAUGGUGCCGACUGCCGCCUGGAAUGUUCCUGCCAUAACAACAGUACCUGUGAGGCCACAACGGGUGCUUGCCGCUGCAGCCCUGGCUUUUACGGCCAGGCCUGCGAGCACUCUUGUCCCCCCGGCUUCCAUGGGGCUGGCUGCCAGAGGGUAUGUGAGUGUCAACACGGAGCUACCUGUGACCCCACCAGCGGCCGGUGUCUUUGCCCUGCCGGCUUCCAGGGCCAGUUCUGUGAGAGGGGUUGUGAGCUGGGUUCAUUUGGAGAGGGCUGUCGUCAGCAGUGUGCCUGUGAUGGGGGGGCACCCUGUGACCCCAUCACUGGCCUCUGCCUUUGUCCACCUGGGCGCUCAGGAGCCACGUGUAGCUUGGAUUGCAGAAGGGGCCAUUUUGGGCCUGGCUGUGCCCUGCGCUGUGAUUGUGGGGGUGGGGCCGACUGUGACCCUGUCAGCGGGCAGUGCCGCUGUGUGGAUGGUUACACGGGGCCCAUGUGUCAGGAAGGUGGGCCCCCCCAGCUGCCUGAAAGCCUGUCCCCACCCCAGGGCCCAGCAACCGGCCUUCCCGCCUCCAACAGACCCGUGCGCAGCAGCAGGGCAGCAGAGCCCUAGCUCAGGGAUGGCCCCCGGGGGCCCCACUUUCCAAGGUGCAGCCUGAAGGAACCUGGGCCUUUGGUGGUGACUAAGGAGAGACAGUGUCUGGGCCCAGGACUUCUGGCCCUACCCUUCUUUCUCUGUGGACAACUGUGAGGCCUCUCACUCUGGGAAGGUCAUGCCCUUGGGCAGAGUGGCCCUGCCCUGCCCUGCCUGGCUCUGUGGGACCCUGGCGAAUGGACCACCUUCAGCCACACUGGGCAUCGGUGUGCUGAGGACACCCUGUCCUCCCUGCAGCCCCAGACUGAGGGCAAGUAUGAGGGCAGGCCUGGGCUGCCACCCUCCAACAGUU